AGUUCGGUUACAUAUUCAUGUUAACAAAAUGGGUUACAACAUAAAUGUUUCAUGGUAAAGGAUUUAUCACACAGUGAUUUUUUUUACUUAAACACGUAGCGAAAAGUUUAAAUGUUCAAGAAAGGUCAGGUAUCAAUCUCAGAGAAAAGAAGUUAGCGGGAAACAUAGAUCGUGAGGGAGCAAUCCUUAGCUAGCUAGUUUGUAACUAAAAUGGGACAGUGUAUUACAGUAGAAGAAACUAAAACUGGUGGCAGCAAACGAGGAGGAAAAGGUGGAGGAGGUCGUCGUAAAAAACAUCAUGGACACGGCGGAUCAGGAGAAAGCGAUGACUCAAACUCCGACGAUGGAGAUCAUCAUUCUGUUCAUGACAAUGAAGAAGAGGAAGACGAAGGAGAUGAGGGGGAUGAUGGAGAUGGUGGCGGUGGAGACGAUGGUGGUGGUGGUUGUGGUGGCGGAAGUUGUGGUGGCGACUGAGAGAACACUAGCAAUAACUUUCUAAAUAAGAGCGUUUUCAAGGGACUAUUUUUUUGGAAAUAUUCGCUUUUUUCAAAUCACUGUUUUCUUACAAACCGUUAUUUUUAUCGCGACUGCUAAAUCGAUUGGCAAAUUCGACGUGAAAAUUUGCUAAACGAUAUUUAAAAGAUAGAAAUAUUCGGAAUUUUUUCGCAUGCACCCAAACAGCUAUUUAUAUGCUAGCAUUCAUUAAACGUAUCGCCAUUUUAAUUGCAUAUUGACA